GUAAGCCGCACUCUUCACUGCCUGCACACUGCGACACUCUCCCUACUCACUGCCACACAACCACCCGACCUUCAUGCCUCGUCUCUUCACAAAACAGCAAACAACAACAACAUAUGUUAUCAAACUAUGCGACGGUGGAGAGCGGAGAUUAGAGAUGAAGCGCGGUGUGCAGGGGCGUGUACUGAUGACGGCCCUGUGCGCAUCUCUGCAUCUUGUUGACGACCUCUAUUUCGGUUUGCGAUUUAUCGACGCGCGUAAUUUGUCGCGUUGGCUGUCGUUGGGGAAGUCUCUGCAGCAGCAGUUGGGAGAUAAGUCUGUUGUGCUGCAUUUCAAUGUGAGGUACUACACACUCAACCCUGACUGCUUGGAGGAGGAAACUGCAAGAUAUUAUUUCUUUGCUCAGUUGAGGCAAGACAUUAAGCUUGGCAGGUGUCCUCUUUCAUUUGGUGUGCUUGCUGAGAUAUGUGCAUAUGCAGUGCAAGCUGAACUAGGAGACUAUAAUCCGUUGGUACACAGAAACAAUUAUGUAUCGAAGUUUAGAUUUGUACAGGAUCAGACCGCUCAGCUGGAGAGAAAGAUAGCAGAUAACCAUGUUAAACUAAAAGGUGGCACACCAGCAGAAAUGGAACGUUGUUAUCUUCGAAGACUUAAAGACUUCCAUUAUUACGGUUUACAUCUACACACAUGCAUGCUCCACGGUAGUCGAGAGACAUCAAUAAAUGUAGGGGCUAGUGCACGAGGUGUGUACAUAUUCAGUGGCUCAAUCCAGAUUGGCUACUUCCCCUGGAACAGAGUAUGGGAGCUAAAGUACAAGAAACGUCAACUAACAGUUGAAGUUGCAGACACAAUGAGAGGUGGUGGUCUGUUUUUUCUUCUCGAAGUACCAACAGGGAGAGAGUGUCGACUGUUGUGGAAGGAAAUGAUAGAGCAACACUAUUUCUUCAAACGAGAAAUGGCUGGUUGGCCACACAAGGGAAAAACAAGCAUAAAAAGAGGUGCUCCUGUCAUACAAGAUGAUAAACAUCCAGUUCAGAGAGGUCCAGUGGCCGUCGACAGGACUCCGAGCAACAAUUUUGUUGAGCGCCAUGCAAGCAUUAUGAUGUUCAACACAGUUGCAUUAUCAAAGCGCCAGUCAGUUUCCUCUCUGGAUGACCAAAGACACCCUCAUAGCCCUCAAAGUUUGUCAAGUGUGCACGAUACAGACAGAUCAAUUGUAAUGUCUACAAGCAAACCCAACAGCAGUGCAACAACCAAGGGUAGCAGCUCUACUCUUCCUAAUCCAUUUCUACAAUCGGAAUUACUCUCAUUCAACUCAAAGAUGGCUUUAACUCAAAAGAGAAGUCAUGGGAUCUCUCCACGUGGUUUCCAGGACAAACCCCUCAGCUUACACGAAUACCAAAGGAGAGCAAGUCAACAGAAAUGGCACAGAUCUCAACACCAGCAACAGCUUGAAAAGCUCCUGGAUGAGUACGAGAGGCAGAGUUUAAGUUCUGCAAACUCUCCAUUUGUUAUGAAUCAUCAGCGAAGUAUGUCUCAUGAAGAUUGCAUCAUUGAAAAUGUGAAAUCUGAGGCUAUAAGUACAUCCAAUCAUUCAUUUUUUCAUUUGAAAAAAAAGAAGGCUACUAGUAGUCGGUUACCUGUAAGAGGCACAAGGAGUGCCCCAAGUUCUGCAAGUUCACCACCUCCAGCAAGUGGAGUUCUCAGUGAAUUAAACUUUAACGAGAAACGAAAUCUCAGCUGCAAAGAGGAAGACAUGUUCACCGAAGCAGACAGCAUUCUACCCAGUUUGUCAGUUGGAGUAGCAUUAGAUCAAUACACUGAUGACUUAUCAACAAAUCUAUGUAGUCAGCCUAUACCAGAAGACAACACACUACAUAAUGACACUCAGGAUCUCUCAUUUGAUGACUUCAUUGGAGAUGACAGUUGUAUAGACCAUACCGUCAAAUCUGACUUAUAA